CAAUUCCCGUUUCGGAAACUAUUGUAGAAGGGUCAUUCACAGAUGUUUAGGAAAGAAAGACAUAACCUAUAACUGGAUUCUGUACUCUACGACAGCGGGGAUUUUUGAAGGUGCAAUGUUUCAGGACUGUACAGCAGGAUCAUCCAUCCAUGGUCUGGAACAGUGUGGGAUCUGAACAAUACAGAGCAGAGAGCCAGGCAGGACUACAGGUGCAAGGCAAGGGGGCUACCAGGCCUGGACAGGAGUGCAUGCUGGCUACGGUUGGGAUGUUGAGGCAGAGCAGUGGUGGAGGCAGCAGUAGCAGUGGUAGUGGUGGUGGAGGUGGUACCAGCGGAGGGAACAAACGAUUGCUGGGCAUCUCACGCACCUCCAACUCCCACUUCUUCCCGUUGUUCCCUGGCACGGGCAUGGGCACUAGUACGGGUACCACGGCGAGUACCGGAUCAGGGACUUGGGGGACGGGUGGCAGAGGAGCCAAGAGCAGCUCCGUCAGCUCUGGAUUGGACAGUGUGGAUGCUCCUGCCCCAGUCGGCACCACCGACCCAGACUACAUCAUGCAGCUGGUCAACGAUGUGCGCAAGUUUGCCGACGUCUUACUUCACCUCAAGGAAGCUUUUCACUCCAAAGAGCACCAGGACUGUCUCCACCAGGUAGUCCAUGAGCGUCUGGGGGAGCUGCUGCGCGUGUUGAAGGCCGUCAUCAGCAAACACCAGACCCUCAACUCUGUGGACAUCCUCAGUGCUGCAGGCACCGUCAUCGCACAGGUCAAAGGUGUUAACUUCAAGGAGGUGAACGAGGAGAACAAGCAGAAGCUUUUCGGAGAGAUAUACACUUCCAUCGACACAUUGGCAUUCACCUUUGGCAAUGUAGUGUCUGACUUCCUUAUGGGAGAUGUAGAGAAUGGAUCAGCGUUGGGGCUGCCCCUGACUCGGAGAAGCAGGUCGUUUGAGAACCUUUCCGUGGAAUCUGCAGUAUCCGGUCCAGAGAAGGAUGAUCCGUCAGGUCCAUCACCGCCGGCGAGGGAGGAGGAGGUGGAUGGUGUGGACGUGGCGCUGCAGCGGAGUGAAGGCGGGGUGGAGUCAGCUCUACUAUACGCCAAGGCCUGGUCCAAGUACACCAAGGAGCUGCUGGCCUGGGUGGACAAACGACUCAGUAUGGAUAUCGAGUGUGCGAAGAGCUACGCCAAAAUGGCAGAAUCAGCGAAGACACUCGCAAGUCAACAGGAGUUCAUGCCAUUCCGGGACAUUUACAUGUCAGCGUUCAAGAACGAUAUUGAGUACAGCCAGCUCCUACUGCAUACAGCAGCUACCCUUCAAACCAACAAAUUUAUGCAGCCUCUCCUCGCACGGAAGAACGAGCUGGACAAACUGAGGAAGGAGGUCAAGGAGCAGUGGCAGAGAGAACAGAAGAAAAUGCAUGAGGCAGACAGUGCCCUGAGGAAGGCCCGUGUUCUGCAAGCCCAGAGACAGGAGGAGUAUGAGAAGGCCCGGGUGUCCACCAGCCGAGUAGAGGAGGAGCAGCUGGGAGCAGCCAAGCUGGAGAAGAGACGAAGGCUGGAGGAGGAGGCUCUGCAGAAGGCGGAUGAGGCCAGAGAUCACUGCAAGGCCUGUCUGUCAGAUGUAGGGGUGAAGAGAGUGGACCUGGCCAACACCAAGUGUGAGAUCCUCACCCAGUUACGAAAGCUGGUCUUCCAGUGUGACCUCACUCUGAAAGCGGUGACAGUGAAUUGGUUCCAGCUCCAGCAGGCCCAGGUUGUGUCUCUACCUGUCAACCACCAGUCUCUGUGUGAGAGCGCCAAGCUGUACGAGCCGGGUCAGCGAUACGUUGGCUUCGUCAGGAGUCUUCCUGCCCAGUCAGACAGACCCAGGGUGGAGUCCUACUCCUUCGACGCCACCGUCUCACACUGUAACAACGCAGGGUUGCCCCUCGCCAAGCGGUCAUUGAGUAGCACCCACUGCAGUACCCACAGUUCCCACGGUAACCUGUCCCAGAUGUCGGUCACCUCUGGGGACUUCCUGGGGACCGACGAGGUGGAGAGCCCGGUCAACACACGGCCCGCCAAGAUCUCUGAGAGACGGUCCAACAGCAGCACCGACAUCCAAGCUCUGAGGAUCCAGGGCCCGUUCCGACCCUGGGGAACGGGUAGCCAGGGCGGGGGGAUGUGCAGUGACUCGGAGAGCGCCGGAGGCAGCAGCGAGUCCAGAUCCAUGGACUCCCCCACUGCCAGCCCAGGUGACUUCAAGAGGAGGCUACCCAGAACCCCCUCCACGGGGACCAUGUCGUCAGCUGAUGACCUGGACGAGAGAGAGCCGCCCUCGCCGUCAGACAACGGUCUGAGUGAGAUGCUGAUAGAGACAGCCAGUUCCCCAGGUCCGUUCCGUAACACCCAGAUGUCCAAGGCAGCCCAGACACACAAGCUGAGGAAGCUGAGGGCCCUGUCCAAGUGCAGAGAAUGUGAUAGUCUGGUGGUCUUCCAUGGGGCUGAGUGUGAGGAGUGCUCCCUGGCCUGCCAUAAGAAGUGUUUGGAGACACUGGCCAUCCAGUGUGGUCAUAAGAAACUCCAGGGUAGACUGCACCUCUUUGGUGUUGACUUCACCCAGGCAGCUAGGAACAACCCAGACGGUAUUCCUUUCAUCAUCAGGAAGUGUACCUCGGAGAUUGAGAAUAGAGCGCUGGACAUCAAGGGGAUCUAUCGUGUGAAUGGGGCCAAGUCUCGUGUGGAGAAGCUCUGUCAGGCAUUUGAGAACGGCAAGGACCUGGUGGAGCUAUCUGACCUUUACCCCCAUGACAUCAGCAACGUACUUAAACUUUACCUGAGACAGCUUCCAGAGCCUCUCAUCCUGUUCCGUUUCUACAACGACUUCAUCGGCCUGGCCAAGGAGAGCCAGAACAUCAUCGUGGACGAGGUGGAGGCAUCCAGGGUCAGCCCCUCCUCCCUGACCCCUCCACAGGUCAGCGUGGAGCUCAACCGGGUCCUCUUCAAGAUCAAAGACCUCCUGAGACAGCUGCCUCAGGCCCACUACAAGACCCUGCAGUUCCUCAUCCAACACCUGCACAGGGUGACCGAGCAGGCGGAGGAGAACAAGAUGACAGCCAGUAACCUAGGCAUCAUCUUCGGCCCCACGCUCAUCAAACCAAGACAGACGGACGCGGAGGUGUCCCUGUCCUCCCUGGUGGACUACCCCUACCAGGCACUCAUCGUGGAGCUCCUCAUCAGACACUAUCAGAUGAUCUUUGAUGCCCCCCUCAGCCCUCUGCCACGGCCCCAGGGCCCACCAGGCCCCUCUGGGGAGGGCUCUCCUCUGAAGGGUCAGGACGCUAACCCUUGCCUCACCCCUCAGGAGAAGGAGCAGCUUCUCAGCAGACACUCCAAGUCUCUAGUAGACAUUAAGGAGCAGAGCUCUAAAGUGUAUAAGCGUCAUUCCUCCGUAAUCCCCUCCACCCAUUUAAUGGACGAGGUCAGAGAGGGGAAACCCAGGCCUGAUGGGAGGGACUAUGCACCUGUAGUAGACGAGGACUCAGAGCAACUGAACGGGCUCCUGUCUGGCAGCGUCCCUGAGGUACAGAGAGCAGAGGGAGAGAGGGACAGGGGGGAGAGGGGUCUUACCCGGGCCCGCCACACCACUUCCCGGGUCCACCUCCGCCACCCCCGCUCCAAGCUUGUCUCCCGACCCAUGAGCAUGCCUGCCGAACGCCUCCUGAACCCCGCCCACGGCGUGGAUGAGAGGAAUGCCAGGAACACCGCUGACCUGGACAGCGAGGACGUUACCGGGAGCAUUGCGCGGGACCAGUCAAUUGAGGAGGUGUCGGAGGACGAGAAGCCAAAGUCGAGGGCGAGCAGCCACUACCGGAGCACGUUCAUCGACACGGGGACGUUACGUAGGACCUGGGACAAACAGUACAAGCAUUAUGACAUCACCCCCAGGACAGCUAAGAUCAUUACCAACCUGCCUACAGCAGACAAAGAGGUGGAGGACUCGGCCACAAGCCUCUCCACUUCUGUACCAUCAUCCUCUUCCAUCUACCCCAACAGACCCUACACCAUCGCAGUGAGGCCGGGCAGGACUCUGAAAAGGGAGGAGAACGUGUGCGAGUACAGCUCUGUGCCCACUGCGUUCAGGCCCCCCCGGACUCUACAGCCACCGCCUGGAACCUUCUACAAACCCCCCUCGGGGAGCAAGGACAAAGUGUUAGGGGACGCGCCGCAAAAGAAGCGUGCCGAGGCAGCUAACAGCGCAGAGGAGGAAGAACAGGAGGACGAUGAUGAUGAAGAUGAGGAGGAUGAGGAAGAGGAGAUGGGUCUGGAGGUCUCUGUAGACGAGCCCUCUGUGGAUGAAGACAAUAUGGAUGAGGACACUGAGGCUCCGCAGCAGGCUGCAGGCUCCUCUCUGUCCCUGCCCCAAUCCCCCAGCUCCAGCCCUGAGGACCUCAGUGACGAGACCAAGCCCGUGUACCAGAGACUACGGGCCAGACGCUUGCAGGAGUUCGAGCACCGCGAAGCCCAUUUUGUAUGACCAUAUUUAUCGCCAUUACUCACAGGUCGUCAUUAUAAUUAAUCAAGAGUAAUUUUCCUUCCAUGAUUAGGAUUGAAAUGGUCAAAUCUGUAUAAUAUGUGCCAUAUUGUAUAAGAAGAAGAAGAAGAAAAAACUUCAAAUCAUUUCAUGAACUGUGAAAAAAAUGACCCACAGGAUGUGUUAUAUACAUUAAUAUAUUCCUUGUUAUCUUUUUUGGAGUUCCGCAGUUGGUGCUGGAAGGAACUGUCGUACUGCAGGUCCCCAAAAUAAAGACAGGAUGCACUUAGUUAACUACAUAACAGUGGCUGUAUUUUAAGUCACUACACCUAUUCUAGGUUUCUGUAAAAGGUCUGUAUAAAGAAAGCCACAUAAUCAAAACCGUGCUUCCAGUACCAAUCACUACAAAUGUUAAAGAAAUAGUUAAUUUCCCAAAAGUUAAAUCCAUCAUUGUAGAUUUAAAUGUACAGUAUUUUUAACAUACGGCUCAAUACAAAGUAAUGCCAGGAUAGCAUGUUUUUCUCUCUUUUAAACUGUGCAAUUACUUUUUAUUAAAGAAAUAUCAUACUGUAUCUGUUGUAUAAAGUUUUGGUACACUGUAUUUGUAUGUUUAUAUGCCAAAAAAAUAUUAUUUCAACAACUGUUACAGUAUAGUGUGUAUCGCCACUUUAUCAAAACUGAAUUUGACGCACUUACUUAAUCCAGUUAUUUUAAUCACAGUUAUUUUAUGCAUUACACAUUUCAACUUUUUUUUGUAAUGCAGUAUUUUGUAUACAGUAUUACUUUUGUAUACCUUUGUAUGCAGUCAUUUGAAAAGUUACAAUGUUUAAUAUAAAACUGCAUGUGUUGCUCGUUCAACGUGGACAAACUCUUAUUUAUCUUUGACUUGAUUGACACUUAGGCAUUAUAUAUGGAAAGUGUCUGUAUGUAAGUCAAUGGAGAUAUGCUACAAAGCCACACUUCAACCAAACAUCAACCUGCUCCUUUUAGAUGUUUACCUGGAAGGUAACAACCUAACAAUUCAACUGAAAAACAUUGAAUAAUAUAAUUCGAGGUCAGUCAGGUCGUUUCUGGCCUGUUGUAAAGAAGUCUAUCACAAUAUUACGGCCAAAGCUGUUCUCUUUUUGAAAGUACUAUUCAGUUCAGUCAGUACUGACCAGAUAUUUUAAUCAUAUCAAUUAUACUCACUUUGUACAGGUUAUAAGUACCAGUAAGUGCUACAUUCAUGUAAAUGGUAUAUCCGUCUAUAUUUUAUAAAUAUUAUCUAUAAGGGUCUUUGCAGAUUGUCUCCAAUGUAUUAAAUCCCCUUCAUUGUACAAACAGGUACAUACGAACAUACACCUUUUUGUAACUUAUUAAAUAUAGUUGACAACUUCCAAACACGUUUCUGUAAUCUUUUGUAUUCUCACACCUACAUUAUAGAUAGUUGAUAAACCAGAUUUUGGAGCCUAGGUCAAUUCCUAGUUGAUGUGAAUCAAUGGAGCGUAAGAGGAAGAAACCAUUACAUGUAGACCCAAUUUUUUUCCCCCAUAACCUUCAAUAAAAUGAUCCCUCUC